GCAUGAAAACAAAAGUCACCAUCAUUUAUUAUCAACAAAGAACUCCAAAUUUCUCAUCCCACCAUCAUGUAGUCAUCACUAGUUGAAUAAAAACAAACAAUUGGUGCAUAUAAAUACACAAGCUUUCAAGUGUUCUUUCAAGUGUAAUUGCAUCAUCAAUUUAACUUACUACUACUUCCUUUUGAGGUUGUCUUAAUCCACUAUAGCUUAUAAGUUCAUUAUAAGUUACCUAUCCAUCUUUAAUUUCUUUUGUCCUAAAAAUAAAAAAAAAAUCAAAAAAAAAAUGCAAAAAGCUUGGUUUUAUGAAGAACAUGGUCCAAAAGAAGUACUUAAGCUAGGAGAAUUACCAAUUCCUACACCACGGGCUAAUCAGCUGCUAAUCCAUGUUUAUGCAGCAGCCCUUAAUCCAAUCGAUUUUAAGCUCCGCCAAAAUCGAUUAUCGUCUCUCGAUUUUCCAGUUGUCCCCGGGUGUGACGUGGCAGGUGUGGUAAUAGCAAAAGGAGAGGAAACGUGGAAAUUCCAGGCCGGCGACGAGGUUUACGGGAACAUACAGAAAUUCGGAUCGGGAAAACUGAAGCAGAUCGGCACCUUGGCGGAAUUCACCGUCGUGGAGGAGAAUCUGGUGGCGGAGAAGCCGGGAAAUCUGUCGUUCGAGGAGGCGGCGAGUCUGCCCGUGGCGGCGCAGACGGCGGUUGAGGGGUUUAGAACCGCCGAUUUUAAGAAGGGGCAGUCGGUGUUCAUAGUUGGCGGCGCCGGCGGAGUUGGAAGCCUGGCGGUUCAGCUGGCUAAGUAUUUUUACGGGGCUUCUUUCGUCACCGCCACCACCAGCACCGGAAAAGUGGAGAUGGUGAAGAAAUUGGGCGCCGACAAGGUGGUGGAUUAUACGAAGACUGCGUAUGGGGAAAUUGAGGAAAAAUAUGAUCUCGUUUAUGAUACUGUUGGCGAUUCGAGGAAUUCAUGUGUUGUGGCUAAGGAAGAUGGUCUAGUCAUAGACAUAACAUGGCCUCCUUCGAAUCCUAAAGCUCUUCAUUCAAGUUUGACAGUUUCCGGUGAAAUAUUGGAAAAUCUAAGGCCGUGUUUGGACAGCGGAAAACUAAAAGCAGUAGUUGAUCCGGCCGGUCCUUUCGACUUCAAUAAUGUUGUCCAGGCUUUCGGGUAUCUAGAAACGGGGCGGGCCAGGGGCAAAGUUGUCAUUUCCUCCUUCUCCUCACUUCAUCUUGCCACUGCAAUAACUUGCAAUGCUAAUAAUGGAUUUCACUAGCACAAAAAUUGGACUUUAAGAGAACCAAAAAAAUUGCACUUGCUUUAAAUGUACCUGAAAUUUGUAAUAUAGUACAAAUGAAUGAUUAUAUUAUAGAUAAUAUGGUAAAUUACAGC